AUGUCGUCGAUGUUGAUCGGUUUCUCCAGAGACGAAUCUGUCUCUUUGCCUUCGAUUAUGACGAAAUCUCCAAUAGAAGAUGAAGAUGCUUACCCUAAGAUCAACGAUGACUUUUACAGCUGUACACUCUCCGGCGGAUUGAUCACACUAGCUUCUUCCAUCUUCAUGCUCAUCCUCUUCUUCUCUGAGCUCCGAAUUGAGGUGACUUUCUAUUUUUGUUGUUUUUGGCAGUUUGAUGUGACUUUCCCUGCACUUGCUUGUUCGAUUAUUAGUCUUGAUUCUAUGGAUAUUAGUGGAGAGCAACACAUCGAUGUGAGGCAUGAUAUAGCUAAGAGAAGGUUAGAUUCUUUUGGUAAUGUUAUUGAGACAAAGAAAGAUGGGAUCGGUCAUACAAAGAUUGAAAAUCCAUUACAAAAACAUGGUGGCAGGCUAGAGCAUAAUGAAACUUAUUGUGGUUCUUGUUAUGGAGCUGAAGCAUCUGACGAUGAAUGUUGUAACUCAUGUGAGGAAGUUCGUGAAGCUUAUCAGAAGAAAGGUUGGGCCAUGUCAGACCCUGAUAUCAUUGACCAGUGUAAAAGAGUUCUUGAAGCAGAGUUCACAAAGGUUUUUCUUGUUCUUGAAGCAGAGUUCUAA